AUUUCAGAAUGAGAUGAUAGAGAAGGCUGAGCCCUCCUUGAUCGGGAGAAGGUUCUGUGUCGAGGAGAAGAAGGGAACUAUCCUGUAUCAGGGUCCUGUCGGAGCAACCAAGGGGGAGUGGUUAGGAGUAGAGUGGGAUGAUCCUAGCAGAGGGAAACAUGAUGGAGCCCAUGAAGGAGUUCGAUAUUUCAUUCCCAGAAAUUAUUCUCCUACCUCCAGCUCCUUCUUGAGGAUUAACAAAGUGAACCUUGGGAUCAACCUCCUGGAAGGAGUUCGGCUGAGGUAUGGGAAGGUGGAAGGAGAAACGGCAGGAGUGGGACAGGAGUGUAUGGAUGAUCUACAGAAGGAAAUUGGAGCUAGAUUUGUCCAGGUUGUUGGUUUUGAUAAAGUGAACAAACAUCAGAGUCAGCUGGACAAAUUGAAAUCAGUUUCUGUCGGAAACAUGAACAUUAAUGAUACUCAUGUCGAGAUAUUCUCUACUUUAACCUCAAUGGUGGACCUGGAUCUAUCGGAUAACCUUCUCAGUUCUUGGUCCAAUAUAUCCGACCUCGUGUCUCAGGUUCCGUUGCGUGUUCUCAACCUUAGUUUUAACCAUCUCCCUGUACCCAACUCCAUCCCGGUAGAUAAAUACUCUCACCUAGUUCAUCUUAUCCUGGGUAGCAUGGGAUACAGUUGGUCAGAUGUAGAACGCAUAGCCGGAGAUCUACCUAAGCUAGAAAACCUCCAGGUUCAUAGAAAUAAGAUUAAAGAUAUCUCUCUAACCCCUGGAAAGUUUACCAAGUUAAAAGGACUUGAUUUAGACAGUAAUCUGAUUGAUGAUUGGACGGAAAUUCAAAAUCUGUCCACUUUGCAAACUCUUGAGUAUCUUCAGUUAAAUGAUAACAGAAUGUCUAACAUUAAAAUCGAGAGUGGCAUGUUUAAAAACCUAAAAGGAUUACAACUUGGGUUUAACCUAAUCAGUGAAUGGUAUCAUGUUAGUGAACUCAACAAACUUAAUAUUACAGAGCUAAGGUUUAGGAAUAAUCCUGUCCUACAGUCAGAGAAACUAGGAGAAGGAAGAUCAACUCUAGUUGUACUAAUCAGUAGUUUGAAAGUUCUCAAUGGUUCAGAAAUACAGGAUACAGAGAGAAAAUGGGCAGAAAUAGAUUACUAUAAAAAGCACGGUUUGGAAUAUCUCCGGGUUCUGCAGGUAUCGGAAGAAGAAAGAACUUCAGCUCUAGAAACCUUCACAAGAACUCAUGGUAGAUAUAUCGAGCUUGUCAACAAGUUCGGAGAACCCACAGAGGGAGAACUCAAGGUGAAGGAGAGUAAUCUGAAGUCUAGUUUAGUUCUUGUGAAGAUAAGUUCUCCAAACCUUGUGGAUACUCCUCCAUUGGAGAAGAAACUACCCGUCAAUAUGACAGUAGCGAAACUUAAAGCGUUGGUUGGAAGACUUUUCAGGAAGGAUGCUGGUGGAGCUGAAUUGAAGUUGGUUUUAGUCAGCUCUCGUAGUCCGGAGCAGAAGGAGGAGAUGGAUAAUGAUCUGAGAGAACUUGCCUAUUAUUCUCUUGAGAAUGAAGAUACCCUUCUUGUAUCCUGGUGAAACCUUCUCAAGGAUAUAACUAGAAUACGUUGGAUUUUCUUGCAUUUUGUCGACUCCUUUCUUGCGCGUAUCUCAAUAAGUGACUAAUUUAAUAACCAGUAUUUUUCCAUCAUGAAAUCUUCUGUCCGUAAUUAUGUAAGUUUGAAAUUAUGGCAACACUAGUACUAAAAAACUUCUUGUUUUCUUGUUUUUGUUUAAACGUCCGCACAUUUUUAUAUGUAUUUUGUUAUUACAUUACACUGAACUACUUACUCGAUGCUUUCUAUGUUAUGUUAUCUGUGAUAUUAAUAUAUUUUUACUUAAACCUUGCACUAAUAAAUUUUAAAAGAAAA